GGUCUUCCGACUCUUCUCCUCGCAACUCUCCUCUCAACUCCCCUCCGACUUUUCUCCUCCCAACUCUCCUCUACACUUUGCACAACAUCUGGUCUCCUCUUAGUCCCCAUCGGUCAUGGCAAGAAUGCAAGACAACUCUCACAGAGCUUACCCUUUCACACCUCCUGUAACUGGAGUUACUGGACUGCGAUUGAUCACUGAUCUGUACACUAUAUCAUCUCCAAUUUCAGGUAAUCUUUCAAGUGAGCACUGAUUUUACUGGACAGCGAUUAAGCAUUUUAUAUAUAUAUAUAUAUAUAUUGGCUUGGUUCUACUUCUGCCAGUGCCGUCCCUCUCUUUUUUCUUUCUUUUUUUUGACACCAGAACAAAAAGUUGGAAUUAGAAAUAGAAAGACACGAAAGCAUGUUGCAAUUUUUUUUUUGUGCGACUCUGUUUUUUUUUUUUUUGGUAUUGAAGCAAGUUUAUAUUACAAUUUUUUUUUCUUUGCUUGGUUUUGCUUUUGCAAGUGCGCCUCUGUUUCUAUUU